AUGUUUGUGCGGUUUCAGGGCAUGGUACUACCUCAGUUGAAAGAAGCGAAGAAUGUAUUAACUCUUUACCACCUCCUUAAUGCCCUUCUUUCCAUCACUUUUCUCUGUACGAAAGGUGUUCCGGAAAUCUGUCGAUGGAUAUUCGUUUCCGAAGACGGAGAGUGUGCUCUUGACUCGCGAGAACGCGAGAUUCUGAUCUUUUUGGCAGUGAUCAUCGCAUGGAAAGGAAGGAAAGCAACCAACUGGUUGCACUAUAUUAAUAAUGUAUUUCUGUUUUCCAAAAUAGCUAAUAUUGCUUUAUUUCUCCGUGCAGACGCUUUCAUUGGAAUCAUAUAUCUUCUUAUUGUAGUCGUGAUUACUGUGUUGAUACCUGAACCAAUUUACAGUGGUCCAGAGAAGGUCACAUAUUUUCAAGGAGCAGAAUUAUUUGAAGAGCUGGACAGAGAUCGUAAAUCAAUCUUCGUUAUUCAGUUUUACACCACAUGGAGUCCUGAUUGCAAGCAUGCAACGCCUGUGUUCGCUCAACUUAGUGAAAGAUUCUCACUGCCAAAUCUGCGUUUUGGAAAACUUGACGUGGGGCGAUGGCCGAAAGAGGCAGAGCGCUUCCGCGUCAAUGCUCACCCCACAUCUCGUCAACUGCCUACCAUCUGCGUGUUCAAAGACGCUAAGGAAAUAAAACGAAGACCACUUGUCAAUGAGAAGAGACGAGCGAUUCCAUUCGUAUUUAGCCAAGAUAAUUGCAUACUGGAUUUCGACCUGUUAAACAUACAUAAGGAGUGUUUGGAGCGUUUGUCCUCCAAAGAUCGGAGAGAAAUCGAGGAGGAGAAGAAGUCGCAAUGA